GGGACAGCACCUUAAUUCUUCCAACAUAUAUUUCCGAUACUCCGCCGUCGCCGCCGUUUUCUUCUCAGUCGGAACCCAAAACCCUUACUUCUGAAUGGAAUAUCGGGUUCUGUUGUCGGGUCAAUUCACCAACCCGACGAUUUUGCCGCUCCAGACCCGCCAAACCUCUGUUGCUCCAUUCGCGCCUCUCCGCCGUUUUUGCUCCUCCUUCCGGACUCUCGAAUGGAAGGUAGACCGAUUCUCGAGGCGGGUUGGGUCGCUUCGAACCUUAAACGCCGUCAAAGCGGCGGCCGGUGGCGAUGCGGCGGUUGUUUCGGAGGGGAAGAAGGGUUCGGGAAUCGGAACCAAAAGGAAGAAGCUUGCGGUGUUUGUGUCGGGCGGUGGCUCGAAUUUUAAGUCCAUUCAUGAGGGAUGUGUUGAUGGGUCAGUUCAUGGUGAUGUUGCUGUGUUGGUCACUAACAAGAAAGAUUGUGGAGGUGCUGAAUAUGCAAGAAGUAACAAUAUCCCUGUUUUUGUGUUCCCCAAACUGCAACAAGAACCCAAUGGACUCUCUCCUGCUGAGCUUGUGGAUGUUCUGAGGAAAUAUGACAUUGACUUUGUCCUUUUAGCGGGAUAUUUGAAGCUUAUUCCAGUGGAAUUGAUCCGAGCUUUUCCCAAACGUAUACUAAAUAUCCACCCGGCGCUUCUUCCAGCCUUUGGAGGUAAAGGGUUCUAUGGUAUGAGAGUCCAUAAAGCUGUUCUAGCCUCAGGAGCAAGGUAUUCUGGUCCAACAAUUCACUUUGUGGACGAGGAGUUUGAUACAGGACGUAUCCUCGCUCAGAGUGCAGUCCACGUCCUUGCUAAUGAUACUCCAGAGGAUUUAGCUAUUAGGGUUCUUCAUGAGGAACACAAACUCUAUGUAGAGGUGGUAGCAGCAAUGUGUGAAGAACGGGUAAAAUGGAGAGAUGACGGUGUGCCUCUCAUCCAAAGCAAAGAAAACCCUGAUGAAUACUAUUAAGGCCAGACCAAAAUAAUAGAUUCGGCUUAGAAAUUUUUGUGAUGCAGUUCACAGGAAAAUAACUGGUGAUAUAUAUAUCAACAGGAACCGUGGAGAUAUGGUAGAUGCCAGGAGAUUGAUACUUUGUGUUGUAUCACAUCUUCCAUUUUCAUCUGAUGCUCUAAUGAACUACUCAUUCUUUUCCAAA